UUAACGACGUUGCCAACCAAGAGUUCGACAUUCCACACGGCAGUUGGCAGAGUCAGCAGAAAUCAUCAUGGUAACAGCGAUCGAUAGGUCGAUGGGUCGGACGUGGUGCCCAUCGCAUGAGGUGCUGAUGCAGCAGCUACCGGCGUACGUUCAUCGGUUAGGUGUAACUUAGCUAGGGCCAAUAAAGUUAGUCUUUAGUUAGCAGUAAAGAGGUGUAGACCUUUUUUUAAAAAGAAGUCCCGGUAGUGAAACUCCGAACUGGCGCCCGAAUAGGGACCUGCUGAAGUGGAAAUCGUAUAAGUUCCUCGGUGAAAAAUCGUAAAUUCAGUGUUAGUGCAAAAAUCCUCGAAAAGUGGAAUAUCACAAACUCCACACGAUUGGUCGAAGGAGCCAAGUACAUAUCACAAAAGGGUCCCACGAGCCCCACCGUAGCAACCGAAGCAGAGAUCAGGACACAGUAGCCAGCCGGCUCGAUCGUCAUCAGGGCCCCCAGUAGCACCGCAGCAAACAGGACAACCCGAAGUGACUGCCUGGUUUCUCUCCACAAGCAGAGGUUCCCGAAAAUCAUCCCCAAAAGUCCAAUGAAGGUGUUGGCAAUUUCAUCUUCUAUCCUUUGGAUACUUUGGACAUGUCAACCAACCGCAACUCAGACGAUAGACAUACGACAAAUAAACAACCAGUCGCUAAUCGCCCUCGACCACGGGCCAGCAAGGAUCCAAAACGGUUCAUAUUACUAUUUACACCAUUUCAACCUAACUUCAAUUAGAAUCUAUGUGGAUAUAUUAAGUAAUCAGUUUGAAAAUCUCUCACCAAAUCUGUUUUCACCAAUCAUAUCUCAACAGUUCAAAACUAUCCACUUGCUCCUUCAGAGACUUUCCCCCAUCAGGAGACAAAAGCGCUGGGAUCGGGUAGGUACGAUUUGGAAGUAUAUAGCCGGGACACCAGAUGCUGAGGAUUUAAAAGUGAUUAAUUCCUCCAUCAAUAAUCUAAUCUCAAAUAAUAAUCAACAGGUAAAGAUCAAUAGAGAAAUCACUCUCCAACUAAAAGAAGUAGCCUUCAAAACCAAAGAAGCGAUACAACUUUUCAAUUCAAAAACAACAGAGUUUAAUGCUAUAUCAAUUUUAGAAAACCUUAAAGUUCUGUCCCAAAAACUCGAACAUAUCUUAGAAACGAUUACAUUAGCAAAGAUAGGAAUUUUGAAUACUAUUAUACUUAGCGAUAACGAAAUCACUACAUUUAUUCAUGACUUAGCUAGGGAAAAGAUCAUCGUAGUCACCGCAGCAGAGGCCAUCUCCUACGCAUCUACAUCCAUCGCCACCAAUCAAAAAGAAAUCGCGCUUCUAAUUAAACUACCGAAGCUCGACAGCAAAAUUUAUCAGAAGAUUCACAUACACCCCAUCACCCACAAUAAUCAACAACUCCAUUUACCGAACAGGAAUUUUUUGGUUCAUAACAACGAAACGCUCAUCGCCAACUCCCUAAAGUCGAAUAUAUUCAAGCUCAGUGAGGUAAGACUGGAAACGUCUACAUGUAUACCAAAUCUCCUACAAGGGCAGCCAGCCACCUGUAACUACACCAUGAAUCCAACAUCCGAAGAAGUCGUCACCAUAGACGAUCAACAUCUGCUGAUCAAUACAGUACGAAACCUCACCAUAAAAUCUAACUGUGGAUUGUCAGAAAGGAAUCUAUCGGGAGCCUACCUGAUAUCUUACGACAACUGUACGGUCAACGUGAGUAGCAUCAUGGUCAGCAACAUUAUCCAACACUUAACAGGAAAACCAAUUCAUUUAUCACUGGAUGGUCUUGCAAUAACCAAAGGCAAGCAAAUAUUUAAUCUGAGUUUGGAACAUCUAAACCUCCUACAAACGGAAACAAGGAGAGAUUUGGAGCAAAUACGUCUGGAGAACAACAGCAUCCAAUGGACCCCUUGGUCAAUCUUCGGAACAUUCUCGUUCACCCCUACCGUAAUCGGCUUAGCCAUAUUUUUUAGUAUUCUCGCCCACAGGAAAGCUAUGAAGAUCCAGUUUACCCAACCAUCUAGGGAAGUACCUAUCACUACGGACAUGAAAGUUGGCUUCCAACACACGAAUUUGGAAGAUGUAAUUCGGACGGAGCCUCAUCACUUGGGCCGGGCAAGUUAACGACGUUGCCAACCAAGAGUUCGACAUUCCACACGGCAGUUGGCAGAGUCAGCAGAAAUCAUCAUGGUAACAGCGAUCGAUAGGUCGAUGGGUCGGACGUGGUGCCCAUCGCAUGAGGUGCUGAUGCAGCAGCUACCGGCGUACGUUCAUCGGUUAGGUGUAACUUAGCUAGGGCCAAUAAAGUUAGUCUUUAGUUAGCAGUAAAGAGGUGUAGACCUUUUUUUAAAAAGAAGUCCCGGUAGUGAAACUCCGAACUUUC